AAUGUGUGUACUAUUCGUGUGAGAGAUUUCAUAAUUCCCAGAUCGACGAGGAAAACACGAAAAAAAACCCUAUUUAGCAGCGUUUAUAAUGUCGGCAUCGGAACAGGGACCUAAGAUCAAGUACGGGGAAAGCGCUCCGAAGCUGGACAAGGCGCAGCUGCAGUUCAUGAAGCUGAUUGAGGAGCAGAACCUGGACCGCGUGCAAAAGCUGAAGCGCAUCCGCCGCAACAAUCUCCUGACCGCCGGCGCCCUAGGAGUCUCCGUUUUGGCCAUCUACGGCUACUCCAUCUUCUCGGUGCAGCAGGAGAAGUUCCUGGACGACUUCGAGGAGCCCAAGAAAGUGUCUUCUUAGUUCCAGUCGUUGUUAGUUUCCUUUAGUUUGUAA